AUGGCUUCCGAUGGCAGAAGCACAAGAGAGGUAGAAACAGAGAUUCUUCCCGUUAUCCGUGUCUACAAAGAUGGCACAGUGGAACGCCUCAUGGGCUCUCCGAUCGUGCCAACCUCUCUUCAAGACCCUCAAACUGGUGUCUCUUCCAAAGACAUCGUUAUCUCCAACGACCCUUCCAUCUCCGCACGUCUUUACCUUCCCAGUUCCACUCAACCCCACCACAAGCUUCCCAUCUUGCUCUACUUCCACGGUGGUGCAUUCUGCAUCGAAUCCGCUUUUUCUUUCCUCGACCACCGCUACCUUAACCUCAUAGUCUCCGAAGCCAACGUAAUUGCCGUGUCGGUGGAGUACAGAUUAGCACCAGAACACCCUCUUCCUGCAGCCUUUGAUGAUUGCUGGGAAGCUCUCAAUUGGGUCGCUUCCCAGUCCAAUUCCAACACCACUAACAUAGAGCCAUGGCUGAAGAAUCACGGUGACUUGAGCAGAAUUUACUUAGGGGGUGACAGCGCUGGUGCUAACAUAGUGCAUAACGUGGCUCUUCGUGCUGGGGUUGAAGCCUUGCAUGGGAAUGUGAGAAUAUUGGGUGCGUUCCUUUCCCACCCUUACUUUUGGGGUUCCAAGCCUGUUGGGUCAGAACCGAACGAGGGGAACAAGCACUUGCACGUUAGGGUUUGGAACUUUGCGUACCCUUCUGCCCCGGCUGCGAUCGAUAACCCCGCCAUUAAUCCGUGUGCUCUUGGUGCUCCCAACUUGGCCACGCUUGGGUGCUCUAAGCUACUUGUUUGUGUUGCUGGCAAGGAUCAGCUUAGGGACAGAGGGGUUUGGUACUACGAGGCUGUGAAGAACAGUGAGUGGCAGGGUCAUGUGGAACUCUUUGAGGUUGAAGAGGAAGAUCAUGCUUUUCACAUUUACAAUACUGAAACUCAGAAUGCCAAAAUUAUGAUCACACGUUUGGCUUCUUUCUUGCUUUGA